CCGAUAUGAUGACGUCAAAAAGUAAGGAUUUUGGAGUGCGCCUUUGGAGUGCGCAGUAUUUUUCCUUUUUUUUUUUUUUUUUAAAAACUAAGCUACUUUCAAAUGUCAAAAAAGCCUAAUCUAAAACCAGCACCACCUUAUCUUAACAAGUUGAAGGGCAGCUACACACUGGAUGAUAGCUUACGUGAAAAGCUUAGUUUAACUCCCAACAUUCUGACUGGCAGUGUAAAGACUUGGAGCAAUAUAAAAGAUGUUGUCGAUGACUAUCUGGACCACUCUGAAGUGUGGGAAGCACAACCGCAGCAGUUUGUUUUGAUGUUACAGACAUCACUGAAGACAAUUAAUAAUAUUUUAAGCAAGCAGCCUGCUAGCAGCACCUCAAUAACUGAGCUUCUCUUGAAACAAUACUGCUCAUCUCUUGAUAUCUUUUACCACCAUCCAAAGAUCGUUGCGGAUCUCAAAUUAUAUUAUCAGAAAAAGGAGUUGAAAAAGCGUGACAAGGACAACUUGCAGCAAGCACAUAUUCAGUCCAAUGCUACCGCUUCGGCUAUGGUUCUUGAAAAAAGCCGCUUAAUGGAGGAGGGGUCGAAGAAGAGAUUAUUUGAUGAGAUUGAAGAUGAGGAUGAUUGUCCCGUGCUCACUGACAGAAAAUCAAAAGAUCGGAGUAUGAAGAGUGCUGGUGCGGAAGAAGAACUCACUAUUGAUGAUAUCAGCGAAAUAAGCAAGCAAUACGAGCAGUCUUUGUUUGAUGCAGAAGAUCCUUUCAAUCCUAAUCCCAGUGUGUCAAAGAGCCAAUACUCUUUUGUCAAGAAUGGGAAGCGAUUUGAUUACCAUGCUCCUUCAAAGAACCUCAUAUCGCCCAAAAAGCCUGCUCUCAGUCAAAGCGAUCAUGGUUACCUUAGUGACUUAUUUGAAAUACGCCUGUCUUCAGAUUUAAGAACAAGUUCCAGCUCUGCCACUCAAACGAUAUUUGAAGCCUACCGAGACGAACAAUAUGCAAAUGCUUACAUUAAGUCUCAUGAAGGUGCAAUUUCUUUUUUAAAUAGUGCACUAGACUCUGACAAUUUCAUGGACACUCGAAAGCUUUGGACAUUACCAGGCGAAGGCAAGUUUAUUGACAUGAUGCGACAUAUCCUAACCGACUAUUAUCAAAGCUGUCGAAGAUCAACUCCAAUUAAUCCAAGUCAUGAAAGGACUUUUUUCUGUGAAGCUGUUGUUCCUAUAUUUAAGAACUUUGGCAUUAUGGUUGGCAGCUUAAGCGGCUCAUGGUGCGAGAAACAACUAGUUGAAUCAAGACGUGUAUGGCUACCCUUGAAAGACUUUCGAGUUUCUGGAAUUAAUAGAAAGCUCCUCGAUGGUAUUUUAACAAAUGAAGCAGAGACUUUAGCAGUAAUGUUGGAAUCUUCGGGAUCCGAGGCCACCACCCCGCAUAGUAUAGAUGACACUUACAAGCAGCUAAAAAGCACAUCUGACUUCAUGAAGUACAUCAUCGCAAAGUACAAGGUGGGAUCUUUGAAGACCUUAAUGAAGAUACAAAUUCCUUGCGUUUCUGUUAUUGAAAACUGUCUUACGCUUUGUUUGACUUCUGUUCACGACAACAGCAAAUGGAAGUUCGUCGAAGCAAGAACAUGUACCAUCCCCACCACCAGAGCAGAAAAAAAACAGUGGAUCAAAGUCUUUGAGUUUCUCGCCUUUCUCAAACAUGUUGUGGAGAAGUCGUUGGCCCAAAUUGACCAAUUGGAAAACGAAUCACUAGGCUACGUUGAUCUAGGCUCUGAAGAAUUAUUAGUCAAAGACUAUUUUCUAUGAGUAGUUUCUUUCUUUUUCUUUUUCUACCAUUCUCUUGAAUAGUUCUUAAUUGUGUAUUUAUCUCAAUAAUACCCUAAAAAUACCUUGUAUCACAUAAAGUCUUUAGUUUAUUACUUUCUCAGUAAAUCUUCGUACAGUGAUUAGGUGCGAAGAGUUGACAGCUCGAGUUAUAUUCUUGUGAACAGCGACGUUAAGA